AGAGGCAGAGGCAGGGUGUUUUCUCCUCUCUGUGCUCAGUGCUUUGCUCUCAGUGUGUGCAUGUUUCCUCAGCGUGUUUUGGUCGAGCUCCAGAGUCACUGUAAAGCUCUCGGGAGGGGACUGUUGAAUUUGACGGAUCACGGCGAGAAGGGGAAUCUGCGCCUAAAGGAGGAAGACUCUGAAUCCCUUGCAGCUAUGACCACCUGCGCAAAGACGGAUUUGACUUUGUGAUGCCCGCCUUGGGACACUUUGAACGCUCUCUUCUACGUUGUUAAACACAUUUGCAUUUUUUGUUCUGACUUCAAUCAGUGGCAUGUCCAUCCGAAAGAACAUGUCUACGAAUUCAACAAUUGAUCACUGCAGAGUACCCAAUAAGGUCACGUACGAAACCCUCUCCUGGCUGAUGAUUGGAGAGUUCGUGCUGGGUCUGCCUCUCAACCUGUCGGUCCUCUACGUCUUCAUCUUCAGGUUCAAGUUCUGGAAAAACAAAAGCAUCUUCCUCUUCAAUAUCGUGGUUGCUGAUUUCCUCUUGGUGGUCUGCCUUCCCGCCAAAGCCUACCACUUCCAACAUGGCAUGAGACGCAGCAGGAACCCGACCCUGUGCAAGCUGAUGCUCUUCAUGCUCUUCCUCAACCGAGGCGCCAGCAUCGCCUUCCUCAUCACCCUGUCCAUCGAUCGCUACUUCAAUGUGGUGCAUCUGGGGCGGAGGAACUUUGUCAAAGUGUUGAAGAAAUCUCCUCAAAUCUCCAUCCUCAUCUGGCUGCUCCUGCUGCCCCUCACCAUCCCCACCAUGGUGGAGACGUUCGAGUGCUGCAACAGCCACGGGCGGGUAGUGGAGACGAUUUAUCAUGACGUGACGGACACCUUCAGAGAGGUGGUCUUCUUCACCCAGAUCAUCAUCCCCUUCAUCAUCCUCGUCUUCUGCACCGUGCGCAUCGUGAACCGGCUGAGGAAGAAGACGGUGGGUGAGAAGACCAAGCUGCGGCGAGCCGUGUGGGUGGUCAUGUCCGUGGUGGUGGUCUUCUCUAUCUGCUUCCUGCCGUGCACCGUGGCCCGAGCCGUGCUGCUGAGCUUCCGGCUGCAGAAAAUGCAGGUGGAGGAGGACGUGGCGGUGCAGGUCUACGACAGCCUCAUGGUUUUGUCGUACAUCGACUGCCUGCUGGACCCGCUGGUUUACUGCUUCUGUAACUCGGGAUUUAAAGACGCUUACAUAUCCACGUUCUGUCCGACCGUUCUUCAGAAGAGACUCAUAAAUCCUGACUUUCACUUGGGUGUAACAACGACAACAACAACACCCAUAACUUCAGGAGCAAGAACCAUAUCUUUACCCAUCAUAAAUAAAUGAUCGGUUGGGUGUCAUUUAAAGUACUGUAGAGAAAGAGCAGGCCUCACUGACCAGGACGCCUCAGAACCACUGGUACACUCACGCAGGUGUCCUCACAUGUGGGAGAUAAGACUUGUUUGGUUGAGCCAUCAUUACAGACACAUUUUCUGAUGCUUGUGUUUCAUCUAGAGUCCUGUAGAUGGCCAAAUGCUUGUUCUGUUGCACAAUUAAGGUCUACUUUUGAACAUGCAUUAUAAGUUUAAAUAUUGAUUCAAAUGCGGUCCACAUUUUCUUCAAUGCAUGGCAUUAAAGGUGCAUUCUUGUUAUUUCUUCAGGUGCAAUCUGCAGAAAUGUUCUGUAACCCUCUAUUAAAGGCGAGUUUAAGCUUUUCAGCACCUUCUAUAAGAGCUAAAGAGAUUAUUGAAAUCUGUUUUGAUUCAAUUUUUCAGUUUUAAUUGUCCUGAAUUCUCUGUUUCAAGAUGCAACCACAUUUUGUCACCAGAGGAGGAGAGUAUUAUACAGCCUACAAUCAGUAUUGUGAUUGGUGUCCGACAUGACUCACUCACUCAUGAUGAUGCGGACGCUGAGAUGUCUUGUUUAAGUUGUUUCGUCAGACAUUUUUCUCUCUCAUAUCCGAAUAAUCAUAAUACAUUUUAUUUAAAGGCGCCUUUCAGAGCACACAAUGUCACCUUACUGGGCAGAGUUUAAAAAUAAGAGCAAUGUCAAAAUGAGUCUGAAAAAAAUCAUCAAAAAAGACAUGAUACAGUGUAAGUAAUAAAUAAGAUUAACAAGAUGAGAAGAGUUGUAAUCCGAGAGAGUAUGCCAGUUUUAAAAGUUGUGUUUGAAAAUGGAAAGAGAGUUGAGGUUACGGAUGUCUGAUGGAAGGGAGAUCCAGACCAGCUGGAGGCUCUAGACCUCAUGGUGGUCAAGCAGGUCGGUGGUGUAGUGAGGUGAAUGGAAGAAGAAGACCUGAGAGUGAGGCUGGGUGUGUUGAUGUGCAGAAGUUCAGUGAGGUAUGGAGGAGUGAGGUUGUAGAUGGCCUUAAAGGUGACAGCUGGAGUCAUGUGACCAAGGUUUUCCCGCUGUAAUCACUGAAUCAAGGAUUCUCCUCCUCC